CGCUCCUCCUUCUCUGGCCGCUCCCUCCCGCUCCUCUCGCCGGCUCCUCACUCCACCUCCUUCCUCCCGCUCCUCCCGCCGGCUCCUCCCGGGGCGGGCGCUCCGGCCGCGGCCGUGUCAGCCCGGCCACGGCAGCAGCGAGCAUGUCCUCCAGUAGGGCCAAGAAAGUGAAGAUGGCCACCAAGUCCUGCCCCGAGUGCGACCAGCAGGUUCCUGUUGCAUGUAAAUCAUGUCCCUGUGGCUACAUAUUUAUCAGCCGAAAGCUCCUGCACGCCAAACGUGCCGAGCGAUCACCACCCAUCACAGAAAACAAGAGUGAGGCCAAAAGGAGGCGGACAGAGAGAGUUAAGCGAGAGAAGAUAAAUUCUGCAGUCAAUAAAGACUUAGAAAACCGCAAGAGAUCCAGGUCCAACAGCCAUUCAGACCAGAGCAGACGAGGAAGAGGAAGACCUAAGAGUGCCUCAGCAAAGAAGCACGAGGAAGAAAGAGAGAAACAAGAAAAAGAAGUUGACAUGUAUGCUAACCUUUCAGAUGAAAAGGCCUUCGUGUUUUCAGUGGCCUUGGCGGAAAUAAACAGAAAAAUUAUCAAUCAAAGACUUAUUCUGUAACUUGUGAGCACAAUCUGAUGCAGUUUUAUGCAGGAUGGCCAGCAGAUUUCCAAGGUGCCAUGGACUCUCGGAAAGUGUGUUGUCUGCACCAACAAGGACCAUAGCAUUUCCUGUUCAAAAUUCUGCUCCUGUUCUUGGAAAUCGAAUUCUGUCUCUACAAAUCAGAAAAAAAGUGGUCACAAGAUUGUGCUGUGAAAGAUCAGAAAGCAGAUAUGUUUCAUGCCUUGAAGACAAUUGCACAGAGAGACUGCACCCAUUCCAGAGCACUUCUUUUGAAUUUGCUGCCAGAAAUGCAAUAUUUUAAAUAUUUUCAGAAAUAAAUGAUUUUCCUUUAAAAUUAUAUAUUUCAGAUUUUUCAGCUAUAUUGCAGUUUACGUAUGUACAGUUCACAUAACUUUUUAAUAAAUUGAUAUUCCAAUA